CUCUACAAUCUCUUACAAAAUUUCAUAUUUCAGGAGAUAAUUCAUCUGCAUGGCGAGAAGAGUGAAAUGCUUAACCUCUUCAUCUUCUCUAUGGGCAUGCCCCAUCCUGUUUCUCCUCUUGCUCUUUUCGUUUGCAUAUUUAUCAGUCUCCCAGUUCGUGAUUCCCUCCUCUCAAGUAGCCAUUGAUCAGCUUGCCCUUAUCUCCUUCAAAUCUCUCCUCUCUGAUCCAUCCGAAGCAUUAGCUUCCUGGGAGAACACUUCCAUCCAUUUUUGCGAUUGGAAAGGAGUUGUAUGUCAUAACCUUGGAGGUGAAGCUAGAGUCACAGCUUUAGAGCUGGAGAACCUCACCUUAGCAGGUCCAAUAUCUGCAUCGUUAGCCAACCUCACUUUUCUCGAGAAGCUCCAUCUCCGAGAGAACCAACUUAAAGGUCCCAUUCCACAGGACCUUGGCCUUCUUUCUCAUCUUCAAACUCUCGAUCUGAGCGUAAAUUCUCUUGAAGAUGUGAUUCCGUUGUCUCUGUUUCAGAAUUGUUCUAAUCUCCAAAACUUCAACCUGAGUGUCAACAGUUUGCAUGGGACCAUCCCAGGAAACCUUAGCAACUGUUUAGACCUACAAUUCAUUAGAUUGGAAAGAAAUAUGUUUGAAGGAGAGAUCCCAAGUGAUAUCUAUUCCCUCCCAAAGCUUCAGGACCUCAACAUAUGGCAUAAUAAUCUCAGCGGAAGAAUUCCUCCUGAGAUUGGGAACCUUUCAAGCUUGACAAUACUUUCAUUAGCUGGCAACAAAUUCAGAGGCUCGAUUCCUUCUGAAAUAGGUAACCUUUCAUCCCUUGUUGAGCUUUACCUGUCAAGUAAUCAACUUUCAGGUAGCAUCCCGUCCAGCAUGGGCAAUCUUGGCAGACUAACUAUACUUUAUCUGCAUUUCAACAAUCUCAACGGCACUAUCCCACUAGAGAUUGGGAAUCUUGUCAAUAUGCAAGUUCUAGUGCUGGGCGGCAACCAUCUUUCUGGGAUCAUUCCUAAAAGCUUGGGCUUCUUGAAAAAUCUAGAUACGCUUAUUCUUAGUGGUAAUCAGCUAGAAGCAACAAGUAUUGCUGAGUGGAGUUUUAUUUAUGCUUUAAGCAACUGCACCCACCUCAGAAUUUUGGAAGCGAACGCCAAUAAUCUAGGUGGCAUGUUCCCCAAAUCCAUAGGUAAUUUGUCAAAAAAUCUCCAAGGGCUUAACUUCUUUCAAAACCAAAUUACUGGAAGCCUUCCUGCAGAAAUUGGAAAUCUUAACUUAUCAGCAAUUAUUGUCACGUCCCGAAGGAGUCUCUGUCCGAAGAAAUUUCGGCAACAUCUCCCCUGUACGGCGGACAAUCUGAAACUUUUCUACAAGCACUAUAUACCUCAGCCACAUGCGGCUGGAAUAAUAACAAUAAAAGAAAGUGGGCCGCUGGAAAUCCACCUCACUGCUCUAAAGCUUCUAUCGGCAACCACCUAA